UCUUUCUCCCUCUCCAAUUGACUUAUCAAAGUUAGCAUCUGGUUUAAUGGUUCAAACAAAACAGGAACAUCAAGUCCUUCCAAUCUCUCUCCAUCUGGGCCAUCUCUGUCUCUCUCUGGAAAUUUACAGCUAUUGGGCACAACACAACUAAGGUAUUGUCUAUAUAUACAGUGAGUCUUUGGUGGAUGCUUUUGGACGUUCAUGGGAGAUGAAGUCGUCCAGUUUCGCAUCUCUACAAGCAGAUCAUGUCUCUUCAGCAUUUUUCCAGCAGCUUCUCUUUUGUGUCUACUUUUAUUCAUAGGAAGUGCAUUCUUAGCCCAAGAUGACAAAGAGAAAUUAUUCAGGUGGGGGUUAUGGAAAAAGAGCGCGCAAGAGAUGCAAUACGACAAAUGCAAGAGUCAGUGCAGGCCUCCUGGAAGUGAGUCAUUACCCAAAGAUAUUGUCUCCAACGCUUCUAACUUGCAAAUGCGACCAUUAUGGGGCUCGCCAAAGAAGGCAAAAUUUCCAAACUUAUUCUCUGCAACCGUUGGAAUAAAGCAAAAGGACAUGGUAGAUAAGAUGGUUACAAAGUUUCUGUCAAGUAAUUUUGUUGUAAUGCUUUUCCAUUAUGACGGUAUCGUGGAUGAAUGGAAGGAUUUAGAAUGGAGUGAUCGUGUCAUACAUAUAUCCGCUGUCAAUCAAACUAAAUGGUGGUUUGCCAAGCGGUUUUUGCAUCCGGAUAUUGUUGCAGAGUACAGUUACAUUUUCCUCUGGGAUGAGGACCUUGGAGUUGAAGAUUUCCAGCCUGAACGAUAUCUAGCAAUUGUGAAAGAUGAACAGCUUGAGAUAUCGCAACCAGCACUAGAUCCAGACAAAUCAGAGGUGCAUCAUCAGAUUACUGCGCGCGAGAGGGGAUCAAAUGUGCACAGGAGGAUUUACAAGUCCCGUAAUGGUUCAGAUAUAUGUCAUGGAAACAGUACAACCCCUCCGUGCACUGGGUGGAUAGAGAUUAUGGCUCCCGUGUUCUCUAGAGCUGCGUGGCGCUGUGUAUGGUACAUGAUCCAGAACGACUUUGUACAUGCUUGGGGACUAGAUUAUCAGCUUGGUUAUUGUGCGCAGGGUGAUCGGACCACAAAUAUUGGAGUUGUGGACUCAGAGUACAUUGUCCAUUAUGCCCUGCCUACACUUGGAGACAAAAUCAAGGCGUUGCUGAAGCGUCAUGAAACCAAUAGAAGAGCUAAAGUGAGACGGCAGUCCUAUAAGGAUUUCAUGGAAUUCAAAACGCGUUGGAGAAAAGCCGCAGAGAGUGAUGAAUGUUGGAUCGAUCCCUAUCCACAGCCAGCAAAGUAGAACGUAACCUGAUGGCAUUCGACCACCUUCUAAUGUGUAUAUUGCCGUUAUAGAAGCAUAACAGAAAAGGGUUCAAGUGGCCAGCGAUGAAGGGCUUAUUUAUAUCCAUGCAUCACAGGCAUACAUUUUGCUUCCUCAUCUUUUCUGUUCUUCAAAUUUGUAAUGUAUCAUAAAAGAAUGCUUGUAAAGAUGAACUACUUGCUGCAGUAGCAUACUUGGGUAAGCACUUGAUCUUUUAACGGGCCUUGUGUACCCAAAAAGUUUAUUCAGAACCCACCGUUGGCGAA